AGUAACUUCAGCGGGACGGGGCGGCACACUGCACACUGCACAGCUUCACGGGACCAAUCGGGAUGAGAAGUAACUUCAGCGGGACGGGGCGGCACACUGCACACUGCACAGCUUCACGGGACCAAUCGGGAUGAGAAGUAACUUCAGCGGGACGGGGCGGCACACUGCACACUGCACAGCUUCACGGGACCAAUCGGGAUGAGAAGUAACUUCAGCGGGACGGGGCGGCACACUGCACACUGCACAGCUUUCACUGGAUUCAUUCGAGAAUCAUUUCGCUGGAAUGCACGUCAGUUUAAGGCUGACGUGCCGUGCCUUUACACUUAAGAUGGGGUGCGUUAGCGUGGACAAUCGACCGGACAAUCGACAACCUGCUGCAGGCCUAGCUGUUGUAAAUCCUGGACUGCAAGCUAGGCCAUCUGGAGCACCUUUUGUUUACUCAAGUUGACAAGCGUCGCAUCACUAAUGGCUACUGCUGUUACUCAUGAUGUUUUGCCAUUCAGUCGGUUGUCCAAUAUCACCACAGUCACGAUUGUGCAACAAAUGCACUUGUACAAUGCAGAGUACUUGAUGGACCAGUCACUUGGUACUUUUUGUUGUCAUCCCUUUCCUGAUUUUCAACAUUCUCAGGUUUUGGGGCGUACUUCUCGUUCAACGCUGCUCUCUUCUGGCUGAACGUGAUGAGCUUCGACAUCUGGUGGACCUUUGCACACCUGCGCGCGCAGCCGCCGUCCGAGCGGUCGCUGCGACACCGGUUCAUCCGACACUCGCUGUACGCGUGGGGCGUGCCGCUGGUGAUGACCGGCCUGCUGGCGUUCUUCAACUACGCGCCCACCUCGGUCAUCCCUGACGACACCAUCGUGCGGCCCGGUAUCGGCGAGGGGCGUUGCUUCUUCGCCAAUCACAAAGCGGGGCUGCUCUACUUCUACAUAACGAUCUUCAUUAUCACGGGGGUCAACGUCGUCUUCUUUCUCGCCACCGCUUGGAAGCUGUACAAAGCUGACCAAGACUCACGAAUUCUUCAGCGGAAGCGCACCGCUCGAGACAGGCUGAGGGUGUACGUCAACCUGUUCAUCAUCAUGGAGGUCAGCUGGAUAGCUGAGUGUCUGUCUGAACUGAUACCUCCGAAGCAAAUCUGGUACUUCACGGACAUCCUCAACGCCUCCCAGGGAAUUGUGAUCUUCUUUCUGUUCAUCGUUCGCUCCUCCUCACGCCGGACAAUCAAAGACAGAUAUUUGGAGCUCACCAAGCGGGGCUUCAAUCCAUCUGCUGGCCUUAUCCAUCCACCAGGAAAGGACGAGCGAGUACGCGGGUUUGCCAUGAAGCCGCCCUCCUCCCGGACCAAGACAACUGGGGCCAGCAGCUCCGGAACCAAUGGGAAUGCCCAGUCAAGCAACAUACACAUGACCGAUGUCCAGCAAGGUGACAACAUCGAAACGGCGGAGUCGAACGGUGACAGCGGCAAGGCGACGCCAUGCAACCCCGACAAGAGCACCCACGACAAUCCGUGCUAAGUGCGCUGUCCGUCGCCCGUCCGAUGAGCAAACGGCAUUUGUGGGCCGACGGGGCGCUGGAGGAGAGACUGUAGACGCACAGAGUCAUGACUGGGCACGCAGGGCACGUCCCGUCGAUCGCACCACGCCAUUGGACUGAAGACCGUGCUCCUGUUAAAUCGCUGUUGAACUCGUGUGUUCUGACUCGCUCUACGCUUGUUUGCGUCGCUCGUGAAGUAUGCUGGCACGAACUCUGGCUGGGACGGCGCGCCCGUCGAUGCCCGGUGCCGGUGCGCAGCGCUGCCCGGGACGCGGGCUCUCGUGGCGUGUGCCGAUCUACCCACGCAACGGUCGAUGGCGUGCUACGCUGCGAGGAUUUUGUGCCGAGGCAGGCGGCGGUGCUCCGCUGUGUGGUGGCCUGUUUAUGGGUUGUUUUACACUGGCAUCAGCGCUAGCUGAGUAACGAAUUUGUCUGCGUGCCUGAUGGGUUCUAAGCUGCCUGCUCUAUCAUGCCACCAGUUGUUGUUUUGGAAAAAUUCCUUCCAAUGACAGCGUCCUUAGUGAAAUUAAUUUUACACUAGUGCUCUUUUGCCAACUCAAAAUCUGCACGAAGCUUAAAUAUGGUGAGCUAGCUUUACCGUCGUCACUACUGGACACCUGUGGUUGUCUUGCCGAUAGCAUCUGACUGUGCACACCAUAUGAUCACGCAACAUGCAACACUUGAUGUGAAUUUCAGUUCAAAACUCGUCAAUAACAUAACCAAGAGGCUUUGGGGACCAUGACUCCACCUGGGGGUGGAGGGACUGAAGUUAAAAGUGGUGGGGCUGUGACUGCUCAAAACGGCAGUAAGGGUAUUGUGAAUUAUUCAAAUGGGCCCUCAAAGCAUCCGUAUGGACCCCCAAACCUAAUAAUGUUCCUAGUCCCAAAGAAGGACCCCUUUGACAGCGAAGUAGGGUCUGUUUUGCUGAUGGAGCUCGCUAUGCUCGCUUGGCCAUUCCUGGGCGAAAUGAAACCGAAGCUCGUCAUUAAGCCAAGCGUUCCCUUCAAAUACGUUGCGGUAGAUUUAUGACGAAAGUCUGAAGGGUAUGAAACACGCAAAGCUGCUACAGGUUUUGGCUGCAUUGGUGCUCGCUGUGUUCCGGUCGAGGUCCCCAACGCUAUGAUAAUCGUUGCGAUUGAUUAAUGUGAUUUGCUGCAGGAAUUAACACGUGCAUGCAUGUAUGCAUGAUUGCAUGCAUGGCCUGCCUGAGCACUUUUAUCCUUGUGCUUUUUGUGCGCUGAAUGUCCAGAUCAUCGAGAGCAUGUGUUAUUGCCAACUGCAUACAUUCCAGCUACUGCUGUGCACUUUAUCAUGUCACAGGGGCACUAUCGAUUUUCCCUUGUUCUGUACGACGUGGAGUUGCGUAUUGCACCUGCGCUGGUGUUGUGUCAGAGUGAGCUUCGACAGACUUGACACGUGAUGUUGAAGUCAUUGUCACGGAAACCCUCACGUUUGCCGUAUCUCCGGAGCUCACGCCUUGCGACAGCAUGCUCUUUGGGGCGUCGAGAAAGUUAAGUCAUACGCGCCUUUGCAUUAUGUUGCCGUUGUGCCAAUCGAUAUUAGCGCUGUCAUUGCUCUCCUGAAAAUAUAAGUGAAACGAUC